AUGACUUUCGACGGCUACAAUCUUUACGCUCUGGGUUCUCCUAAAACGGACAAGCGCACCACAAUUACCCGAGCGAUACGCAGUGCGACAAAGCCAACAGAGAACCCCGGUGAUUUUUGCUACCUGGAGAAUUUCGACGACCCGGGUCAGCCGCUAUUAAUUGAAUUACCCAACGCUGCGGGUGUGGCGUUCCGCAAGCAUAUGCAGGAAUUCGUCAGCAAUAUCCAGGUAAUGAUCCCCGCCGCUUUUGAGUCAGAUGAAUAUCGUCAGACAAUGCAGGGUUAUGCACAGGAUUUCCACAAAACGCAAACUCAGGAUGCGCUUGAAUUGGAAAAUGAAGCGCGUGAGCUCAAUCUGGCCAUGCUGCCCACGCCCAAUGGUUUUGUCUUUGCGCCCAUUGCAGAUGGCAAAGUCAUGGAACAGGAAGCUUUUCUGAGCCUGCCUGAGGAAGAGCGCCAGACGUAUCAGGAAGCGAUCAGCACCAUGACGCAGAAACUUGUAGAUCGUCUGCGCAAUUACCCUUCUCAUCAACAGGCACUGCUCGAAGAUCAACGCAAACUGCGCCGCGAUACAGCGCAGAAGGUUGUCGCACGAGCGCUAUUGAAGUUACGUCAACGCUACAGUGACAAUCAGAACGUGAUGGACUACCUCGCUAGAUGUGAGCUCGAAAUUCUAAACAAUUUAGACACGCUCAUGGCAGCAGGGACAGAGGUCACCUUCAAUCCCUUCGCGGGCAUGCAGAACCCCAGCAAUUUUUUUAAGCGAUUUGAAGUCAACCUGCUGGUCGACAACAGCGCUCUGGAAGGCAUUCCGGUGAUCUACGAAAGCAAUCCGAGCCUGGAGAACCUUGUUGGCAAACUGGAACACCGUGUAGAGUAUGGCAAUCUGGUCACGGAUUUCAGUCAGAUCCGGGCCGGAGCACUGCAUCGCGCCAACGGCGGCUACCUCCUCCUUGAUGCAGAGCGCGUCCUGCAGAAGCCUUUUGCCUGGGAAGCGCUGAAGCGCGCAUUAAACGAUCACCGCGUGCGCAUUGAAUCCGUCAGUCAGCUGUUAAACAUGACCUACUCCGUGUCCCUUGAGCCGCAGGCUAUGCCCCUCAACGUAAAAGUUAUUCUGUUAGGAUCACGCGAACUUUACCAUCUCCUGCGUCACUACGAUCCGGAUUUCGGAGAACUUUUCAAAGUGGUCGCCGACUUUGCGGAUCGCGUACCCCGUACUGACGAUAACAUUGUUGCCUACGUCUCUCUGAUCGCUAACAUUGUCAAAGAGACCGGCAUAUCUCACCUCGACCACACCGCUGUGGAAAGGGUGCUUGAAUACUGCAGCAGGGAAGUUGAAGAUCGAGAGCACUUGUCGACUCAUGUCAGUGAAAUCAGAGACUUAUUGCUGGAAGCUGACUAUCUCGCGAAAGCAUCUCCCGAACACCUGAUUACCAGCCAGGACGUAACAGAUGCGCUGAACAAACGCACUUACCGACUGGAUAGAUUUCGCGAGCUUAUUCAGGAAAAUAUCAGCAACGGGGUAAUUCGAGUUGAAACACGCGGCACUAAGGUCGGCCAGAUAAAUGGCCUGGCAAUAGUCAAUAUCGGUCAGAUCAAUUUUGGACAGCCUGCACGCAUCACAGCGACCACCAGACUGGGUCGUGGUCAGGUAGUCGACAUUGAGCGCGAAUCGAACCUGGGCGGUGAUAUCCACUCCAAAGCUGUUCUGAUUGUCGCGUCGUAUAUUGGCAGCAGAUAUGCUCGCGACUUUACACUGUCGUUAUCUGCCAGUCUGGUAUUUGAACAGAGUUAUAGCAGCGUGGACGGCGAUAGUGCCUCCAUAGCCGAAGUGUGCGCGCUUAUUUCCGCUAUCGCACAACUACCCGCCAGGCAGACCAUUGCCAUCACCGGCUCGAUGGACCAGCACGGUGGUGCGCAGGCCAUCGGCGGCGUGAAUCAGAAGAUUGAAGGCUUUUACUCGGUCUGCAAGCAACAGGGCUUAAACGGCAGCCAUGGUGUGAUUAUCCCUGCUGCAAAUAAACAUCACCUUAUGCUGGAGGCGGAAGUCAUUGAUGCGGUAGAUCAGGGUAAAUUUCAUAUCUACACCAUCAACAACGUGGAUGAAGCGCUACAGAUUAUGCUGACAAAAGACGAUCAGCCCAUACCGCUGGCAGACAUAGAUGAGGCUGUAAUUACUCAACUUAAAGAGUUUGAUCGAAUUGCACACCCCGAUCAAAAAAAGGCAGACGUCGAUGACACAAAAGCGCUGAACAUCGCCUUGGCUCUUACCCAAUCCGCGCCUGCCCAGGUGCAUGGGUUGUUUAUAGAGGAUCUAGACUUAUUGGGUGCCGCUAAGUUGCCGGGCAAUGUAGAGGUAGCCAUUGUGAAUCACGAGGUGACUGAAUUCACAGCUGAAAGCUUAGCUCACGCUUUCAAAAAGGAAGCCGCAAGAAAGCGCCACCUGCUGGAAGCUUCCGCGCGCCGUUUAAAUCUCAACUGCUCUUUUCAGAUUACCCAAGGUAGAACCACUGAAGCGCUGGAGCAGGCCGCUGCAAAGAGGGAGUUAAUCAUUGUCGGGCGUCCACUGCGUUCAGGUAUUCGCGUGCGCACCGGUCACCACUACCAGACUAUCGCUGCGAGCAAGCAGAAUGUGCUGUUUGUGAACGAACCCUGGCGCUCUGGGUCCAGUAUCGUGCUUGUCAUGGAACACGCCUGCAGCAACCCGGACCAGGCGGCACAUACGGCCAAAACUAUUGCCACACGAGAAGGGCUGAAGCUUAUUGCAGCCACACCCAACGGAUUGCCCGAUUCAAUCGCUCAUCUGUUCGACGAUGUUGUGCGUAUUCCCGACCUCAGCCCUGAGUCUCUGCUCAGCACAAGCCAGCGUCUGGAUGCGAGACUGCUUAUCCUGCCGCCAAUCACCUCUAUUGACUGGCAAACGCUGUUGGUCAAUUUACUGUCGACAGUAUCCUGUUCUCUUUUAAAGCUGGCGUAA